UUAACCCAUCUUGGGCACUUCGCUUCUUCAUGUUUCGCAGUGGCGGAGUUCAAGCGGUACAACCCUAAAGAACCGAAAACGGCGCUUAUGGAAGAAGAAGAUUCAGGCAGCCGUGGCUGCUGCGACUAUGUGCUGACGGUAUUAUCUGUCGUCCUGUUCAUCUGUACUCUGCCAUUAUCACUAUUCUUUACUAUGAAGAUAGUUCAAGAAUAUGAGAGAGCAGUCAUUUUCCGUCUUGGCCGAUUGCUGCCUGGAGGUGCAAAAGGACCAGGAUUGUUCUUCAUUUUACCUUGUAUUGACUCCUAUCAGAAAGUUGAUCUGCGGACAGUCUCCUUUGAUGUGCCACCACAAGAGAUUUUAACAAAAGACAGUGUGACCGUGGCAGUAGAUGCUGUGGUGUAUUUCAGAAUCCAUGAUGCCACUACUUCCAUAACUAAUGUGGAGAAUGCCAAUCGUUCCACCCGUCUGCUGGCACAGACCACCCUGCGAAAUGUGCUGGGGACCAAAAACCUGAGCGAGAUUUUGGCUGACCGUGAGGUAAUCAGCCAUGUCAUGCAGACCUCGUUGGAUGAGGCCACUGAUCCUUGGGGUGUCAAAGUGGAGCGUGUUGAAGUGAAGGAUGUGCGUCUUCCUCAACAGCUUCAGAGAGCCAUGGCAGCUGAAGCUGAAGCCUCCCGUGAAGCUCGUGCUAAGGUCAUUGCUGCUGAGGGUGAGAUGAAUGCCUCUCGUGCUCUGAAGGAAGCUGCUGACAUCAUUUCUGAGUCUCCUUCUGCUCUCCAGCUGCGAUACCUUCAGACGCUGACAACCAUCUCAGCUGAAAAGAAUUCCACAGUCCUUUUCCCUCUUCCUGUGGAUUUCCUCAGCAGAUUUUUGCCUGAUAGGAAAGGGUAACUAGAAAGACUGAGGAAACUUGAAUUUCACUCAUCGAUGCAAGAUAUUUCACUUUAGACAUUAAAGUAGUCAGAGCUUUUCAUUCUAAUGGUAUGCAGUAGUUUUUCCUGGAGAGCAAUCUUCGCUGACGUCCUUGUUUGCAUUAAUUUUUAGUUUGUAUAGUGUGAUCCUCCAGGUGAGGGUAGUUCUGAAAAGAACUGUUGUUGCCUCUUAACAGAUGUCAACAACUACCGGCGCCUUACGAACAACUUAUCCACGACGGAAACAAAACCGACCAACGGAUUUCUAACAGACCGACUUGAUUUGACCAACAAUAGACGGACCAAAAAGCGACCAAUUUUACUAACGAUAGAUGGAUCGAAACCAACCACAGACUGAUGACAAACUUUACGCGAGUCUUUCAGCCAAUACCAACACUGAUGGCUAAACUGACCAAUCACUUUCAACAGACCAAACUUAUAACAUUACGACUGACAAACGCUAUUCACGUCACUCGGAAGAUGACUUCCGCUCAGGUUGUCGAAACGUCAGUCAAUAACAACAGUUCUUUUCAGAACUACUCUCACCCCAACGAUCACACUAUACGAACUACUGAUACUCCUGGGUCCAAACCAUUUGCUAUGUUCCAUUGAUUUUUGUCCUUAUUAACAUACAACUUUUCACAGAGAAGGCUUCAUGCUAGAUAGAAAUUGACUCCGAACAUUUAAAAGCUUGUGAAACGUAGUGAUUGGUUAAUGUUUGGCUCUUUGGGCAUAAUAUGCACAGAGAAAUUGGCUUCCAAAAUUCGCAAAAUUUCCAGGUGGGAAAAGCACUAACUUUUUUGUGGUACAAGGAUUAUUUUGGUAGUAGGGACAUUAUAAUUAUCAUUCACCAAUGGAAUUCCAAUGGACUGUCUUUGUACUCUGAACCGGUUAUUUUUUGCUUGAGAUCUUCAUUUUAAACUAUUAUAUGGUUAUCUGCACAUUUUCUAGCUGAAAGGGUAAGCUUUGUUGAAAAGCAGCUAAGUUGAGUUUGGUGCUAAAACAUUUUGCCUUUUACAUAAGGCCAAACAAGUAUUACGCAUGCAAUAUAGUAGUGCUACAAUAUAUCAAAUAAAUGAAUGCCAGGUUGGCGACAGGUUAUUUUCUCUAGUUGUAGAUGUUUCAUGUGGAUCAUGCUUCUGGUUAUUUUAUGUACAAUUGUUUUUUGGCAGCUAGGAGUAAUGCUGAAGUGUAAUUAUUAUAAAAUAGUGAAAAUUGCUUCAAUGUCGUAGUUGGUUUUAGUGAUUUAAAAUACUUUAAUAGUUGUUGCCAGUUGCAAUAAAAUUACGCUAGUCAGAUCAUCUUAUGCAUCAGGGUAUACUGACUGACAGGCAGGUGAAGCCUCUUGAUGCAGGUGCUUAUGUCAAAUUUCUUGGCCAGUUGGCCAGAACUUGAAAGUGUACCUCCUCCCAGGGCUGACGUGUGACACAGUGUCAUGCCUGUUUCAUGAGACCUUUUCAUUAACUAGUUGAUAUUAUUAUACUGAAAAAGAAACAAAGGUUUUAGUUGCUAAGGAAACCUUUUUUGGCUGUGACGGCUGGCAACUGAAACAAUUAUUUGUCAAAUUGGAAUUUAAUGCUGUAUUCACACUUCGAGAGUUAGUCCUUACUCCGACAGGGUUGCCACAUGUCAGGAAAUGGUCAGGGAAACAAAUUCUUCACGGUCAGGGGAUAGUCGAGGAAUUUUAUUUGAGUCACGGAAAUUUGGCAUUUUGAUGAAAAGACAGGGAAAACUGAAAUAAAUUAAACACUGCUGAUUUAAUACUAUUGAAGGCUGGAAGAAACAUUUAGGGUCACCAUCUGUGAUCUCAACGAUUGACCGAGUGGAAAACGCGGCUGUAAGGGAAGGCUUGAAGCCACUACUAUACCUGCCAUUUUGUAUUUAUUUGGUCAUGGAAAUUUUAAUUUUAUCAGGGAAAAGUCGGAAUUUUGAGAAGUGAUGUUUGUGGCCGCCAUGUCUGACGAGGGACUAACACUCCAGACGUCCGCUUCACUAACUUGUUACUGCGGUAAAAUGACCAUAGUCAACUUUAAGGUUACAAAUAACUAAGUAUAUCAAAGUAUAACUAAAAAACGCCUUGAAAGAGCUUCUAAAAGUCAAAAUUGAAUAAUAAACACACUAGAGUAUU